AUGGCUUUCUACCUCAAUUCAAAUGAUGAAUGCGCUGAUAUACCUAUUGAUGAUAUUAAUAAAUUUACUUUGCUAGAAAAAAUUGCUGAAGAAGAAUUUGGAAAUAGCUGAGAAGCAGAAAACAAAUUUUCUCAAAAUGAAUAUCUCAUCAAGCAAAUCUAUAAAGAAAAAAUCAAUGAAGCCCUAAAAGAAAUACUGACUGGGAUUAGCUUCUUGCAUAGAAUUAAUAACUCAAAUAUUUUGAGGCUAAUAUCUUGCUCAGAAGAUGAGACAUCUAUUUAUUUAAUAUUAGAGAAGCCACCCAGAUUGAAACCUAUGACAGUUGAUUUAUGUGAUUUUGAGCUAAAACAAAUAUUUUUAGGACUCAUUAUUUUAUCUCAGGUAAUUCAAUCAUCGAAGUUAAUAAAAAAAUUUAGGCUAUUAUCCACAAAUAUGCUAUGAUUUGAUAAUUCUGGAAUUAUGAAAAUUGAUAUAUGACAGAAUUUUAUUAAGGACAGCAAAAUAUCUAAUGAUUUCAGUCCAAUAAAGAAUUUAGGCAUAAUUUUCUAUGAACUUUUGGCACAUAAAAUGCCUCAAGGAGAAUUAGAAAAAAAUAAGCUAAAAUUUCCUUUGAGUAUAUCUUAUGCUGCAAAGAUGCUGGUGAAAACUGCCUUGUUUAAUGAUGAGAUUAGUUUAGAAGAUUUGCUUGAUUUUGAGUGGCUCAAUGAUAUUUCUAUUGAUAAUAUAUCCAGGCUUUCAAAUAUUAGUGGCAAAAGAAAAUCAAAAAAUACCCCUAGAAAUAGCUUUUUGUUUACUAACCGAUUUAGGAUUUUUCCAAUACUUUUCUUCAUUCAUAGAGGGCUGGGACCUCUGUAAUCGAACAAAUUCUUAAAAAAAAAUAUUUUGUUAUAAAGUGAUAAUUAAUAUAAUGAAAUCUCUAUUAAUUCUGUUGAAUUUUAAAACAUAAAAUUUACAAAUUAAAGUAUUUUCGCUUUCCAAUUUUUGCAGUAUUUUUUUUAAAUUUUGAAAAAAUGAUAUAUAAAUAUAUUUUUUAAAAUAAAAUUAAACCCUUUUUGAGAUUGAGCAAAGGUUUUACUAGCUCACAGAGGGGAGUAAGCCUUCUUUCGCACAGGAAAAAAGCCCGAGAAAUGAAGAUAACAAUGAUGAUCUUUCAUAUUCUGAUAGUGAAAAUGAGAGGGAUUCGAUGCUAUUAAAUAGUGAUUUUAUUGAAGAAAUUGCUGCUAGAGAAAGUAUAAAGCAGUUUAAAGAUAGAAUUGACAUGAAUUUUUCUAACUCUAAUUUAAUGAAAGCUAAAAUUCUUGAAGCGAAUAUCCAGUUGAUUAGUUUAAACACAACAUUACUUAGCUUAGAAGCAGAAGUUGACAAAAGAACAGAAAUUGCAGAUAGAAAAAAUCAAGAAGAAAACUCAAAGUUGCUGCUUUCCUUUAAGCUCACAUGCCACCAACCCGUUUUCUCCCUGACCUGUUUUGAUUUUGGGGACCUUGCUGUGGCCUGAAGCCAAACGAGCAGGUAACAGAGUCUAUUGGUACUGGGCAUUUGUGUUCCGAUUGGGUUUUACUUCCCUUAUCCAGCAAUGAAGACUUUGUGUAUAUCGAUGGAUAUUUGGGAAAAAAGGCGUUUCUCCCCUAGAGACCACUAGAACCGACGACGAAGACAUAGUUGGCACCGAUAAUAGCUAGGAAGUUUAUCCCUAGAUGAAACACUAGUCAUUCAAGCAGCAGCCGUCAAGUCCCAAAUCUACGUACUCCAAGGUUCCGAGACAGUAUUAAGAGCCAGGCCGGAUGAAACGUAAAGGAGGAGGGGCCCUAAUCUAUAAUUAAUGUUUAGGCUGCUUUCCUUAAAGAAAAACCGAAAAAUUACCGAAAGUAUUUUAGAACUCCAAGAAGAAUAUAAUUUCCGCUUAGACGACCUCGAACAUCUAAAAGCAAAAAAAAGCCAAGUUCAGGCUUUACUUAAAUCCCAAGAAACCCGUUUAACUUCAUCUCAGUUCAAAUUAUCAACUCUUAAGCUUGAACUAUCCAAAAUAAGUUCUAACUCCCGAGCGAACAAAAAGAUUUUAUUCGCUCACGGAGGGAUUUAAUUUUUUUUUAUAUAUAAUUUUUAUAAAUUUAUUUUUUUCAAAAUUUAGAAAAAUUCCAAUUUUUAAAAAUUGAAGCAAAAUUAAUUUAAUUUGCGAAAUUUAAGUUUUUAAAAUGCAAGCUUCUUAAAAUUAAUUAGAAUUAGAUAGAGAUUUCAUUAUAAAAAUUAUCAUUUAAUAUCAAUUUUUUUUUUUAAAAAAAAAAUUCAAUUAAUAAAAUUUUUAUCACGAGGGUGGGUUUAUGCAAAAAAUAGGGAUUUUUUCCAAUGGUUUUGUUCGCUCACAGAGGGGGAGUAAGGCAAAAAAGUUUUCAAUAUAUAAAAAAAUUUUUUCUCCAGUUUGAGAAGAGUCAAAAUCAUUCCUAAACUACAGAAUAGAAAAAGUUUCUCAGACUUUACUUAAACCUAAAGACCUUGAAGAUGCAAAAAGCUAUAUUUCUUCGCUUUUCGAUCAAGAAGAUUCUUCUAUUUCAGAGCAUGGAGAAAUUACUAUUGAUUUAGAGCAACUUAAAAGCAAAAUAAAAAAGAAAAAUAAACUUUACUCAAAUAAAGAAGAAGAUAUUUUGCUUGCGCAGAAGGACUAUAAGCUUGCUAAAUUGAAAAUUCUGAAUGAUUUAAAAGAAGAAAGGCAAAAUAUUAUGAAAAAGGCGAAAGAAAUAUGGGAAUUAGAAGAAAAAAAUAGAACUGAAAGUGCAAAUAUUAAAGCUCAAAUCGAAGGAAUCCCAGAUUGUGGGCUACAUUCAAAUAACUGCAAUGAUAUUGACAGUUUAUUUGAAAGAAUAAAGGUAAAUUUUAUGUAGAUUUUACAAAGAAAAAGGAACGAAACUUAUAAUAAAAUAGAUAUUUUAGAGCACGAACAUAAAAAAAAUAUAGAAAUUAUCGGGAAAAAUAAAACAGUUUUGCAAAGAAUUGAAUAUGAGCUUGCUGAUGCUAAAAUUCCUUAUUUAAUUACACAGCUGGAGAUGCCUUUAUUAAGGUCGAAAACAGAAAAAUAUGUGAUAGAGCCACCAAAUAUUGAGCAGAAAAUAAGAUACGCCAGGUUUCUCUAA